CACAUUGGGGUUCAGGCACAAGUAGAGAUAACGGGUCUUUGCUAGAAGUCUGCAAUCUGUCCAUGGGCAGCUGUUGCUUUCUGUUACGAUAGCUUUGAGCAAGGGGGCCCCCUGAGGUGUAAAGGUUAAGUGACCUGUCUGCACCGUUGCAAAGUUAAACAAACUUGCUAGCCUUGAGUAAAGUCCAGUGGGAAUCAUUCAGUGGAAGAACGGACAGGACGGCCUCAAAGAGCUUUGCUGAAACCUAACCAAGAAAAAACCCAAUAAAGAGACAAUAUUUCACAGCAUCGUCCUCAGAAAGAGGUCUGGGUUGUGAUAUAAUGGAUCUUCUACACAGCUGGGGUGUUGAGCUGGCUGUCUAUCUGCAGACCAGAUAUGGCAAAUAUGAAGGUUUGUUCGACCUGGCAUCCACAGUGGCCGAUCUGCACACCACGUUCUUCUGGUUGUUCCCGAUCUGGUUCCACCUGCGGAGGGACACGGCACUCAGGCUCAUCUGGGUGGCUGUCAUCGGAGACUGGCUCAACUUGGUCCUAAAAUGGGUUCUAUUUGGGGAAAGACCUUAUUGGUGGGUUCACGAGACCAAGUUUUAUGGAGCAGGACCGGCCCCUUCACUCCAGCAGUUCCCCAUCACAUGUGAAACUGGACCAGGAAGUCCUUCAGGUCAUGCCAUGGGCGCAGCUGGUGUCUGGUAUGUCAUGGUAACAGCACUGCUCUCUAUUGCAAGAGAAAAACAGUGCCCCCCAUUGCUAUACAGAUUUUUGUAUAUAGGCCUGUGGAUGCUAAUGGGCCUGGUCGAGCUGGUGGUAUGCAUUUCCAGGGUCUACAUGGCUGCUCACUUCCCACACCAGGUUAUUGCAGGAAUCAUUACAGGCACACUGGUAGCUGAAGUUGUUUCCAAGGAGAAAUGGAUCUACAGCGCAAGCCUGAAGAAGUACUUCUUAAUUACCCUCUUCCUCACCUCCUUUGCUGUUGGCUUUUAUGUGCUCCUUAAAGCUCUGGAUGUGGACCUGCUGUGGACCAUGGAGAAAGCCCAGAAGUGGUGCAUCAGGCCAGAGUGGGUUCACCUAGACUCUGCCCCCUUUGCUAGCCUCCUGCGGAACAUGGGCAGCCUGUUUGGUCUGGGCCUCGGUCUGCACUCACCGUUCUACAAGACAACCAAGAUGAGGAUUAUGAGCGCCCCUUUGAGGAUUGGAUGUAUUGUCAUCUCUGUAUCCCUGCUUCACCUGUUAGAUGGAUGGACAUUUUCCCCUGAAAACCAUAUGACUUUCUAUGCCCUUUCCUUUGGUAAAAGUGCCGUUGCACUUUUAAUCCCAACUACUUUGGUGCCUUGGGCUCUCAGCAAGAUUUACCCUGUAAAGACAGAAGGCAAAAACUUGUAGCUUUAAGGCAACUGGAGGAUUAAUGUUCUAUAUUUACAAGGAUUCUUACUUCUCAUUUUUAAUAGACAUGGAUUAAGCCUCAUCUGUACUGUUCACUUUUUUUUUCUGUUUUAAUCUGGGUCUAGGUUAACUCCAUAUCUAGGAAACUUGCUAUAGAGUUUUUGGAAUGCCUGAAGAUAUUGUGCUGGCCUUGUUACCAUUUAGGAGCAGAGGGAAAAGGCUACUUUACUGAUUGGAACAAUAACAUUUAAUUGGAUGUUACCAUUCCCAGAAUCUAGACUACUUAGGGACAGAAAAAGGACGUAGACACCCAACUAGCACUUUCAGAUAAUUGCUGUAAAGCUCACUGAUAGACCACAUUUGUUCAAUUUGAAGAAAUAAGAAGCGUCCCCUUCACGGUAUGAGCAAUAAAGGGUAAAAGUAAAACACAAAAAGUGGUCUUGUUUUUUUGGAUAUGCUAAGCUAAGCUCAAUCUUUCCUGGACCUACAAAGUGCUAGCAGCCUUCUAAUUUAGCUGGGUUUAAGUAAAAUAUGAACAUUUUCUACAAAUGUUUUCUAAUAAUUGUUUUCUAAAUGGUCUUAUUGGGACUUCUGCUACAAUUAUUACAAUUAACCUCCUUGAAAUUGAACAAUGGUUUAUUUUUGUCCAUCAAAUUACAUUUAGUCAUGUUUUCAUGUUUAGAAUAACUGUCUUUUCAGUGUCUGUAAUAUUGUAAGCUUCUUUAACACCCACAGUAUAUAUGAGAUAAAGAUUUUUACACAUACACGCAGCCACCACCUCAGCAAAAAAAGUAUUUUUUAAACAAAUAAAAACUGUUUCUUGUAA